GGACCAGAGUGCCAGGCGAUCCAACUAUUCUACUACCAUUCCGGGCCGACUGGAGCUCAUCUUUUUACUCCUACACUUGUCUUCAAGUCUGAAUUUCCUUUGGGGGAACUUGAAGGGAUUGCACAGGGUUUGUUUAAGCCGUGGGAGCCAGCGGGAGUCUCAUCAUGGCCGUGUCCCACGAGAGGAGUGUGCGUCUGGGGGUCUGGGUGCUCCUCUUGCUGGCAGCAGGCACGGUUGUGGACGCAUGCAGCUGCCAUCCAGCUCACCCACAGCAGCUCUUCUGCAGCGCAGAGACGGUGAUCAGGGCCAAGAUCGCCGGGGAGAAAAUUGUGUCGCCUAGCAACAGCUCCUCCCCCUACAUGAAGAUGAUCCAGUAUGAAAUAAAGAUGAUCAAGAUGUUCAAAGGGUUCGACAAAGCCAAGGAUAUCCAGUAUGUGUACACGCCGGUAUUCUCCUCCCUGUGUGGAGUUAAGUUAGACUCUAACAACAAAGCGGGGUAUCUGCUCUCAGGAAGUAUGUGGAGCAACGGGAGGCUUUCAAUUGGCCAGUGCGACCUGGUGGAGUCCUGGGACAAUUUAUCGCUCUCACAAAGGAAGAAUCUCAACUACAGAUACCAGAUGGGCUGCGAAUGCAGAAUUAACGUGUGCUACACGGUGCCGUGCGCAUCCACGGGGGAAAACGAAUGCUUGUGGACGGACUGGCUGCUGGAUAACAGCCUCAACGGCGAGCAGGCGCGGCAGUACGCAUGCAUUCGUCGCUCCGACACGACCUGCGGCUGGUACAGGGGCGGCCACGCCCCCGAGAAAGACUUCCUGGACAUGACUGACCCUUGACCGGCUCAAGAAUCCAUCUCCAUCUGACUCCUGCGACGCCUCCAGUCAAAGGGAUAUCCUGCUUUGGCUUGUGUAGCUCAAAUGUGGAUGCUUAUGCGUAACGUAGCAACAGAGUUCAUGUCAAUUGGGCUGAUAUAUCUGAAAGAGCUACUACUAUCAGAUGGAUGCUGCAGCAAUGCUAAUUAACGUUUAUUGGAGAUCUUUGAAAAAAAAGUUUUUAAAAAGUGCAGAGGCACUAAGGAAACCUUGCGUUACCUUUGACCAGGAUGUAUACUUUCACUCCGAAAAUAGCAUUGUUUCACUUGCUUAAUAUAGCAAAAUUGAAAUUUCCUGACACAGAAAAACAAAUCCAUGCCUUCAUUAUCUGCAGGCUGGAUUAUUUUCAUUCUCUAUUGUCAAACUCCUUCAAAACAGUUUCUAAAGACCAGUUGGUUAAGAAUGCUGCUACUUGAGUGCUGAUUAGAAAAAGAAAAAAAGAGAUAUCCCAUUCCUCCUGUAGUAGCUUAACUACACCAAUUUAGAAUAUAAUCUAAAAUGCUUAUUCUCCCCUAGUAGCUCUAAAGGGUCAACGCUGGUGAUAUUCUAUGAACAUACUGUACUAAUGUGCUAUGCUCCCAGAGCCUUUAAAAGUAAUUUUCUGCAAAAUACACAAUGCUCACUUGAUAAAACAACUUCUGUGCUGCCACUGAACACUGCAAAAUCAAAAUUGCCUCAGAAAUCUCCUUGCUUAUAUGAUGGCUUACAUUAUAUAAUGCUCUAUAGUCUGUCAAAAUCUCGAAAGAGCAGCUGGUUAAGAAUGCUGCUCGAGUGCCAAUUAGAACCAGAUGAUGAUAUCCUAUUCCUUCUGUACGAGCUUAACUACACCAAUUUAGAAUAGAAUCUAAAAUGUUUCUUCUUCCCUAAUAGCUCUAAAUGGUCAAGGAAAAGUGAUACCUUAUAACCUACUAAACCGCUACACUCCCAGAGCCUUUAAUUUUUUUUUUUUUUUGUGUGUGCAUAUUUUACUACGCUUCCUGUUAAAACAACUGAUAUGCUGCCACUGAACAUGGCAAAAUUGCCCCAAUUAAAAAAAAAAAAAAAAAAAAUUCUCAAUAGUCAGGCGGCUGCAAGACUCUCAAGACCAUCUGUUUAUGAAUGCUGGUGCUUGAGUGCUGCACAAGGAGAAGAGAUCCUAUUUCACUUGUUCUAUCUUACUACAGUAAAUCAUUUUGGAAUGUAAUUUAAAGUGCUUCUUGUCACUUAAAAGCUAGUCAGAGCUUGCGGACCAUUACCGACUAAAGUGACAUGUUCCCAGUGCCUUUAAAAGUUGUUUUCUGAAAAUUAUGCUAAUGCUUUCUGCUAAAACAACCGCUGAACAGCUACUGCAUAUUGCAAAAGUUUUAUUUCCCGUUGCAGAAAACCUAGUGCACGCUUUUGUGACAUCUAGGCUGUUUGAAACUUCACUCCAUUUCAACAAGUCUCGGAAGAUCAGCUAGUUAAGAACGCUGCUGCUCGAAUACUGAAUACAACAAGGAAUAAAGAUCAAAUUUCUUAUGUACUAACUUUACAACUCAAAUUUAUACUGUAAUUUAAAAUGCUAAAAUCUGGUCAGUGCUUGUGGUGCCUUCACACAUUAAAAAACUACAGUGCAAUGCUCAGUCUAAUACAGUGCUACUAAAAACCAACUACCAAACAGUUAAUGAACAUCGAAAAAUUGAAAAUUCCAUUGCAGAAAAACUGUUGCAUUCUUUUAUGACUUCUAGGCUGGGCUAUUUUCACACUCUAUUGGCAGGCUAGUCUCUGAAGACUCUUCAGCUGGUCCAGAAAGCUGCUGCUCUAGUGCUGAAUGAAAAGUGAGCAUUUGCUCUCUACAAGCUUAAUUGCGCUGACUCCCCGGAAAAUUUUGAAUAGAAUUCUAAACACUAGCACUAAAUACUACGACACUCCCAGAGCUUUUAAAACAAAAAAUAAAAUCCCCCUCCAAAAUUAUGAUAGUUGCAGGUGGAAACAGCCGCUGAAAAUCACCUCCAAAUAAUUUACCUCUCUGUGAGACCUUUUGUCAUCAUUUGCAUGAGGCUGACGGUUAACACAUUCAGUUUGGCAACAUAAUUAUGAUACAUAUAAAAACAUUGGGCUUUCCACUGAUAUGCAGAGAAAAUUACAAGUGGGUCACAAUUACAGUCAGAAUCAUAUUACCGUUACAAUGGAACUGGAUGGAAAAUCAAAACAUGGGAAUUACAUACAGUAUGACACCAAUUCCUGUGAUUGUAAAUAUUUAAUUUCAUCGAGCAUUAACAUUGUAGAAGCUAACCACAUUUCCUUUUACAGCAUAUACUGUACCAUUUUAAGCUCCUUGGCUGAAUUUCACAUUGUUUGCUAUUUAAAUUCUGACUAAGAUAACAUUAUUUUCCGCACAAGAAGCUAAUAUACUCCCUAAUCUUGUUACUACAUUUAAUUUAAAAAUGCAUAAUCACUCAAUAACCACCAUGCUUGAGCCACCGAUCAAAUAUUACAGUAAGUCAGUAUAUUUUACAACUAUAUAUUAUUGUUGCAUGAUUUGUUUGGUAUGUAUUAAUCAUUAACACAUAAUGAUUAUCUAUGGUUUUAGUGAAGUAUUAUGCAACAAUGCAUGUUUUAUACUGAAGAAAUUUUUGGGGAUUUGUAUUUAUGUCUGUUUUUGUCAAAAUAGUGGUGUGUGGUUGUUUUUUGUUGUUGUUUUUUUUGUUUUUUCUUGUUUUUUGUAUUUCUUUGCACCAAAAAAGAUUGUAUAUAAAAUGUUUGAAUGGAA